AUGGUUUUCUUCACCAACGCCAUCACCGGUGCUCUCAUCGGCGGUGCCGGUCUUGUCAAUGCCUACUCCGGCGACAUGACUUUCUUCACCCCCGGCCUCGGUGCCUGCGGCCAGACCAACGGCGCUGGCGACUUCAUCGUCGCCCUCUCCCAGGCCCAGUACAACGGCAACUGCGGCAGGUCAAUCAAGGUCACUUACCAGGGCAAGACCGCCGUCGCCAAGGUCGUUGACCUCUGUCCCGGAUGCGGUUCUGGCUCCAUCGACGCCUCUCCCGCUGUCUUUAACAGCCUGGCCUACCCUGACCUCGGACGCGUCCACGUCGACUGGGUCUUUGUCUAG